GUUAGUAUGCUCUUAUUCCCAUAUAUAUAUAUAUAUAUAGUUGUAUUGUAUAAGUUGGGUAUUUUUAUUUAAAUUAUAGAAUUGAAAUGACAAAAUAUGUCUAGUAUAGAAUUUAAAGAUGAUAAUAGAUGGUACUAUUGGUGUAUAAGAAAUCAUAUAUCUAAUGGUAAACCAAAAGAUGCACUUACAACUUACACUCAAAACCAUUUUCAAUAUCGUAACCAACUCCUGAAUGUGGUUCCUUUGGUGUUGAAAGCCUGCGCUUAUCUUUCCAUGAUUCAUUUCGGAAAGGCGUUACAUUCGGAAUCGAUCAAAACCGGUGUGGGAUCGAAUGUAGUCGUAGGAACCUCGACGGUGAGUAUGUAUGCUAAAUGUGGUCAUGUGACCAAUGCGCGCAAACUGUUUGAUGAAAUGCCUGUGAAAAACGUUGUUACGUGGAACGCAAUGAUUGGUGGGUAUAUGUUGAAUGGGUUGACAGAACCUGCAUUAGACCUGUUUGAUAAGAUGUCAGAGAAAACGGAAGUUUCAUGGAUUGAAAUGAUUGCAGGGUAUGCUAAGAUGGGAAAUACUGACAUGGCUAGGGGCAUUUUUGAUAAGGUGCCGUUAGCGUUGAAAAAUGUCGUUACUUGGACAGUUAUGGUUGAUGGGUAUGCAGUCAACGGUCAGAUGGAUGCUGCUCGGGAUGUAUUUGAGGUUAUGCCAGAACGUAAUUGUUUUGUUUGGUCUUCAGUUAUUUCGGGGUAUUUUAGGGAAGGUAAUGUGAUGCAAGCUAAAGCUAUCUUUGAUAGAAUUAAGGAUCAGAAUUUGGUGAACUGGAACUCAUUGAUUUCUGGGUAUUGUCAGAAUGGUCUUUGUUAUGAAGCUCUAGAUGCAUUUGCCAAAAUGCAAGAGGAUGGGUUUGAACCAGAUGAGGUCUCGUUUACUAGUGCUUUAUCAGCUUGUGCUCAAUUAGGUUUGUUGGAAACGGGUAAAGAACUUCACCGUAUGAUUACUCAGACAACGAGAAUAAAUAAGUUUAUUCUAAAUGCUUUAGUUGACAUGUAUGCAAAGUGUGGUGAUUUAACCAAUGCAAGAACCAUAUUUGAAAACAUGUCGGACAUUGAAAAGAAUGAUACUUGUUGGAACACUAUGAUCUCAGGCUUUUCCAUCCACGGCCAUUGCAAGGAAGCUCUUGACUUCUUUGAUAGAAUGGAGAAGUCUCGCUAUGUUAAUCCAGAUGAAAUAACCUUUCUCUCAGUUUUAUCUUGUUGUGCACACGUUGGGAAUGUUAAAGAAGGUUUAAAAACUUUCUCUAAGAUGAAGGAAUACGGUUUAUCAGGUAAUGUGAAGCAUUACGGAUGUUUAGUUGACCUUUUAGGAAGAGCAGGAAGAUUAAAAGAAGCAUUUCAGAUUGUAACAGACAUGCCAAUGAGACCAAAUGACAUGGUUUGGGGGGCUCUCCUUGGUGCAUGCCGACUUCACUCUGAUUUAGAUAUGGCUAACCAAGUGCUUGAGAGAGUCCGAUUGCAAGCUACUCCUGAUGGGUCUUCUUAUGUGCUUAUGUCCAAUAUUUAUGCAGCUUCAGAAAGAUGGGAGAAGGCUGAAAGUGUGAGGUUUGUUAUGUCUUGUAAAAGGGUUCCCAAAACAAUCGGCCAUAGUUCAGUCGCCCUCGACAAUAGCUAACUUUUAUUAUGCACCAAAUUUAGUGUAAAUUAUGAAUCUUUUUUACAUUAAACCAGGUUUUCACUACAUGUGAGAUGAAUGCAAAAGCCAUGAAUGUGUAUUAUUUUAGCCAACUUUCUAGAAAAAAAUUGAACGUCCGUGCUCAUCAACAA